AUGGUAAUGUCACAUAUCUUUCUUAUCUCUCAGAUACAAGAAGUGGAACAUGGUGAUAGUGAUGAUGUGAAUUGGAAUACAGAUGAUGAUGAACUUGCGAUUGACAAUUUCCAAUUUUCUCCAUCUCCUGUACAUAUAUCUGCAACCUCGCCAAACUCUAUUCAAAAUAGAAUCUCCGAUGAGACGGUGGCUAGCUUUGUCGAGAUGGGAUUUUCAACUCAAAUGAUUGCUAGAGCAAUUGAAGAAACCGCUGGAGCAAAUAUGGAACCUAUGAUGAUUCUUGAAACUCUCUUUAACUAUUCGGCAAGCACUGAAGCUAGUUCUUCGAAAUCGAAAGUUAUCAAUCAUUUUAUUGCUAUGGGGUUUCCUGAGGAACAUGUGAUAAAAGCUAUGCAAGAACACGGAGAUGAAGAUGUGGGAGAGAUCACGAAUGCACUUCUAACUUAUGCGGAGGUUGACAAAUUACGUGAAUCAGAGGACAUGAACAUCAACAUUAAUGAUGAUGAUGAUGAUAAUCUCUAUUCCUUGUCAUCAGAUGAUGAAGAGGAUGAACUAAACAACUCCUCCAAUGAAGAUAGAAUCUUGCAAGCGUUGAUCAAAAUGGGCUAUUUGAGGGAAGAUGCUGCUAUAGCUAUAGAGAGAUGUGGAGAAGAUGCAAGUAUGGAAGAGGUGGUAGACUUCAUUUGUGCAGCUCAGAUGGCACGGCAGUUCGAUGAGAUUUAUGCAGAACCUGACAAGAAAGAGCUUAUGAAUAACAACAAAAAAAGGCGAACAUACACUGAGACACCAAGAAAGCCGAACACGGACCAGCUCAUCUCUCUACCAAAAGAGAUGAUUGGGUUUGGUGUCCCUAAUCAUCCCGGACUUAUGAUGCACAGACCAGUCCCAAUUCCGGAUAUUGCUCGUGGCCCGCCCUUCUUUUACUAUGAGAACGUUGCUAUGACACCAAAAGGUGUUUGGGCCAAGAUCUCCAGCCACUUGUACGACAUCGUUCCUGAAUUCGUGGAUUCAAAGCAUUUUUGUGCCGCUGCAAGAAAGAGGGGGUAUAUCCAUAAUCUGCCAAUCCAGAAUAGGUUUCAGAUUCAACCUCCACAACACAAUACCAUCCAAGAAGCCUUUCCAUUGACCAAGCGAUGGUGGCCUAGUUGGGAUGGGAGAACGAAGUUGAAUUGUCUGUUGACUUGUAUUGCCAGUUCUAGACUCACAGAAAAAAUACGCGAAGCUCUUGAGAGAUAUGAUGGAGAGACACCUCUAGAUGUUCAAAAAUGGGUUAUGUAUGAAUGCAAAAAGUGGAAUUUGGUUUGGGUAGGUAAAAACAAGCUUGCCCCGCUGGACGCAGAUGAGAUGGAAAAGCUUUUAGGCUUCCCGAGAGAUCAUACUCGAGGAGGAGGUAUCAGCACAACUGAUCGCUACAAGUCUUUAGGGAACUCGUUUCAGGUUGAUACAGUUGCUUAUCACUUGUCUGUGCUUAAGCCUCUGUUCCCAAAUGGAAUCAACGUCCUGUCACUCUUCACGGGCAUUGGUGGUGGAGAAGUUGCACUCCAUCGACUCCAAAUUAAGAUGAAUGUUGUUGUGUCUGUGGAGAUUUCAGAUGCGAACAGAAACAUAUUGAGAAGCUUUUGGGAGCAGACGAAUCAAAAGGGUAUCCUGAGAGAGUUUAAAGAUGUUCAAAAGCUAGACGACAAUACGAUUGAGCGGCUUAUGGACGAGUACGGAGGAUUCGACUUAGUCAUAGGAGGAAGUCCGUGUAACAAUCUUGCCGGAGGCAAUCGCCAUCAUCGGGUCGGUCUUGGAGGAGAGCACUCGUCACUCUUCUUCGACUAUUGUAGGAUUCUCGAGGCUGUUCGUCGCAAAGCACGACAUAUGAGGAGAUGAAGGAUUUGAAGACCCAAGUUGUUCUGUUUUGUAAGGCACUUUUUCACAUGAAUCGAACUUGUAUUUUGCAGAUUCUUGUUGUUCCUUUCUGCUAGCUA